AUGGCGUCCGCCGUCUUAGCGAACCGGAACGAACCCAAUUGGCCACAGCAGCCCCGAGGUGGAGGAGCCGGAGCCGGAGGAUUCAUGGGGAAGGUCCCCUUUUCUUCUUCAAACAGUAACCGUAACCCUAACCCUAACAAGCGACAAUUCAAAGCUGACCGCCCCGAUUUCAACGAUGAGUCGCCGGCCGUCACCCAGACAGCCUCAGACGACGCGUCGUCGAUCAACCACCAUCGCCGAUCAAACACAAACGACAUGAAUUUCGUACAGGCCCAAUACGUCAGCUUCAACAUCGCGAGCUGUUCGAGAAAGGAGCUGGUGGAGCUAAAGGGCCGUCUUCUCUCGGAGCUAGACCAGAUUCGCAUUCUCAAGAAUCGAAUCGAAGCCGGUGACUUCAACCCUAAGCCGCCCCACAAGAAGCCCAUCGGCAACAAGAAGAUUGUUGGGUCGAAACGACCUUUGCCGAUUGCUCACGGAAAGGAAUCAAAUUCCAAUUCCAAGCGGUCUCAUUUGGAGAAUGGGAAUCUGAUGAAGAAUUGUGGCUUGAUUUUGUCCAAGCUGAUGAAGCACAAGCACGCAUGGAUCUUCAACAAGCCAGUCGACGUUGUGACUAUGGGGCUUCACGAUUACUACGACAUAAUCAAGAAUCCCAUGGAUCUUGGCACCAUGUGA